GAUGCCAUCCGUUCGCUCGGAGUCCCAUCAUAUAUUUAUUCGCGACACGACCUCCACUUUGCCGGCUCGACUUUAUCGUCGACAAUUUUUCUUUAUUUCACAACAACCUCGAUUCGUUAACACGUCCGAUUCGCGUUACCGAAGUAGACGAAUCAUGGCCAACGCUGAUAAUUCACCGAAACGCGGCAAAAUCGAAAUAAUCAAAAAGCACGUGCACAGUUACUCGGAUUUUCCGAAGCCCGGCGUGUUGUUCAGAGACAUAUUCGGCGUUUUGCAGAGCCCCGAAGCGUUUUCCGCGCUCAAGGACCUGUUGAUCGAGGAAGCGAGGCGAGUCGAGCCGGCCGUGCAAUGCGUGGUAGGCCUAGAAUCUAGGGGAUUUUUGUUCGGUCCGUCGAUCGCCCUGGAUUUGCAAGUGCCGUUCGUGCCGAUUCGGAAAAAGGGAAAAUUGCCGGGCCAAGUUUUCUCGCAUUCGUAUCUGUUAGAAUAUGGAGAGGACACAAUCGAGAUCCAAGGAUCGGCAAUAAAAAAAGGACAGUCGGUGUUAAUAGUCGACGACCUUCUGGCAACUGGCGGAAGUCUGAAAGCCAGCUGCGAGCUGAUUAAAACGAUAGGGUCGACGGUGGCCAGUUGUUUGGUUGUCAUCGAACUGGAGUCCUUGAACGGACGAGCCAAUAUUUCCGCCCCGAUACGCAGAGAAAAAUGGUUUUGCAAAUUGUUGACGGGGCGGCCAUGCUUGUUUUAAGUAUCCGGUCUUUACAAUCUCCAGACAACGGAACAGCAGAGUUUCCAGGCUGUUUGAAACACGCCCAAGUCUAUUAG